AUGUCGCACAUCACAGAGCACCCGUCUCGUGCGAAACGGAGAAAGCUCGACGAGCCGAAUACCGAGCAGCCAACCGUUGUCACAUCAAACAUCAAGAACCCGUCUCAGUUGCGCGAGCUGUUAGCUGUCCAGCAAAAUGCUCCGCUCGCGAAGCAAGGAAUCAAUCGAUUCAAGGAGUUUCUCUUGUCCAUACCCCACGCUGAAAACGAAGCCGCCAAGACGGAGAAACUGCGCAUCCUGAAAAAUUACUGCGAUAAGCAAAUCUCCAACUCCGGCAAAGAGGACGAAACUUCGGUCUGUUUCCCCGACUUGAUCGCCUCCUGGGCCUUUGCAGACGGAAAUAACAACGAGCCCCUUCUAACCGCCGUACCGUCCAUCCUCGCGCUUUUCUUCAAGACAACUUCUUCGGAACUCGAAUUUCGGGAAUUCGGAAUUGCGCUUUGCAAACACCUGCUGCAGAAGGAUCAACUAAGACUUUUCAACCGUGGUCUCACGGCAACUAAGUCUAAAGAGCAUCUUAUUUCACCAUGUCUGCGUUUGCUCACGGAAAUGGUGACCUUCGACGGAGGAGCUGUGGCACGACAACUAUAUCUUCGACGUUACAUCACCUUCAAGCGACUGGAGGUCUUUUUGACCCCCAACAAAGCACAGGAAGGCUCGGAGGGUGAACGCAGCAAGUCUACGCUUCGGCUCAACGCUCAGCGAUACCUGCUUGCAAACCUGAGAGUCCAACAUGCAUCCGAAAAGGGCGAUAUCAUUGAACAGCACAAGAUCACCCGGUCUUUCCUUGAAUACAUCCGGAAGGACUCCCGGGAAAGCGUGCUCGAAAUCAUUAAGGCUAUUGAGAGAGAUAUAGUGCAGGAUGCUAAUCUGUCCCGCAAGUCGAAGAGCAAGUUUUUCAACAGACAUAACUUGGAGCGUCUGGUUACUCUCUAUGGCUAUGACCGAGAGUCCGAUGAGCCUAACCCUGACGGUGUUGUUGUUGCCAACGAGAUCCACCGGGUCAUGAUGAACGUGUGCAUCACUGCCGGACUUGGCGUUUUGUUGCCCGAGACCGGCUGGUACCCUGUUGGAACCGAUCCAGAGACUUUGCCCGUUGACGAUGAUUCGUGCAUUGAGUUGGGCCUGGACUCGCCCAUUUAUGUCGACAAAUACAGGGACAAUGUCCCAGUGAGAAACAGCUCUCUGUCUUUCCUCAUCCAAUGUCUGCGGCCGGAUCAGGAUAGUCUCCAGAUCGAGUUGUUGGUGGCGAUCUUCAAGGUUGCGCCAGAGUUGAUUGCGGAUUUCUUUUCGCGAAAGACUAUGUUCAUUUCGGACCCCAAAGCCACCCCAUCGUGGAUGGCCGAGUCGGCUUUCCUUUUCUCGACCGUUCAGUUGCCUGUCCCUGCCAAUUGUGGUUGGAAGGAAAAGCAACCCAUCCUGCCGCCUCCCGUUUCUAUUGUCAUCGAAAACAUUCUGCCUCGUCCUCUGAGCCAAAGGAUUAUGACUCGUUGCCUCAAUCAAAACGCGGAAAUCAUCACAUUGUUUGCUGUUCGUAUUUUGACCGUUGCAUUUGCGAAACUCCGAGCCACUUUGAAGAUCUUCCAGGCCGAUCACGGCCAGGGUCAACUAUUUUGGAAUCAAGCUACUGCGAAACUUCUCGCAGAAUUUUCCCGCCGAUGCCCUGCUGUCAAAGAUGUAGUUGUUCUCUUCCGGAGAACAGACAAGGAUGAUUUGACUCAGCAAGAGGCCGUUGCAGAACUUUUGACAUGUUAUUAUGAAGUCAUGCCAGACAUCGCUCUUGAGGAGAGCUUCGAUGUUUCGUUGGUUUUGGUCGACGUACUCAAGCGUCUGGAAGCCUCUGAUAUCAGUGCAGAUGAUUCCGAGUCGCUUCUAGGACAACUUCAGAGUAUUCUCCAGAUUGCCCAACUGUCAGCUUCUUUGCGCUGGUGGCAGAAGCCCGCAAACAUGCUGUAUUCGCCAUUCACCUCAAUUUUGAAGGUUCUAAUGGAUACAUCAGACAAAGAUUCCUCGCGGCGAAUCUCUACUCUGCUCAAAACGGUUCUUGUCGAAAAUUCUGUUCUACAAAGUUCUCCUCUUGCAUUCACCUCUAUUCUAUCCAGCCUUGAAAACUCCGAGUCAGACGCUUUGCAUCAGCAGUUAGUCUUCUUCGACAACUGUGUCUCCCGCGUCGCUAAGAAGCCUGUUCAUUACAUCGAUAUGCUCCAGUCAUUAUCUGCAGACUCUGAAACUGCCAGCUGCCUUGUGGCUGCUGUCGUCGAACAAUGGCCGUUCGUGGUAAAAGCCGGCGAUGCCUCCGACGAAGCCGCCGUUGGAUCAUGGGUCGCCAGCUUACUCGCAAACCUGAAGCAGGCAGGCGAAAGCACCAAAACGCUCAAGGCUGCUCGAGAUGCCUUGGUGGAGACAACCGAGACCAAAAAAGUCAAAUCACUUCUCAAAAAGGCACUGAAGGGAGAAGAUGUUGACACCGAGGAUAAGAUGGACAUCGAUUCUGGAUCUAACGUUCCCACACAGCCCAAAAAGGCUUUGGCGAUUGAUCUUGACGAGAUAUUCGGAUUCCUGCCCACUGAGGGCACUACCCACAAUGCUCUUCACAAGUGGGAACGAGAAGACAUCGAAGAAGCGAUUGAUCAGGACCAUAUUGCCGAAUUGAUGUUGUGCAUCUGUUCCGAGCACGAGGAAGUUCGCAGACAGGCCUUUGCCGGCCUCAUCCGCUUUAUGGCCAAGCUCAAGGAAUCCAAGUAUGAGGAGUGGCGCACGGUAUUCACUCUCUGCGGAGAACUUCUUGAAACUGUCAACAACAUUGGCCUGGAGAAAAAUGUCCCCUGGAUUGUGGGCGAAUGCGCCGCAAACUGUCUGGCAGUUCUCACGAAUCCCCUCCACAAAGUCUACGGCAAGGUCAACAAGUUCCUGCAAAAGGCGCCCGUGUGGGAAGUUGAGAAGAUUCCCACAUAUUGGGUCGACAAGAUUCUUCUGCAUGAGCCCGAGCUUGAUGAUGGUUACUUCGAUGAGAUUGACUGGCUGCUUAACUUGUUCGUCAAGGCUCUUCGCACCGAGGCUGACAUGGAAGUCUACCGACGUGCAAACGUCUUUGAGCGCCUGCUCUCCCUCUAUCAAUCCCCAACACUCAGUCCAUCGGCUCAGCGCAAGAUUCUGCACAUUGUGUACCGCGGUGCCCAGGUUGGUGGAAGUACAACUUUAAUCACUCGCUCUGGUAUUAUCAGCUGGAUCCAGAUCCAGGUCGCUGAGGCGGGCGCAAAGGAGCAUGCUCAACUGGCGGCAUUGGCUCAUGCUUUAUAUGAAAAGUGCGAUAAAGAGCGAGUUGAUGCUUGGAGUAACGGGACUUUGAGCCGAGUUGUUGAUGAGAUUCAAAUUUAG